AUGCCUAAUAUGAAUGGAUAUGAACUGCUAAAAAAUAUUAGAAAUAAUAAUGCAACUCAAUCAAUUCCUGUGAUCCUUUUAUCUGCCAAGGCUGAGGAAGGAGAUAGCAUAAUAGGCUUGGACAAAGGAGCGAGUGAUUAUUUAACAAAACCAUUUAGUGCACGGGAGCUUAUGGCGAGAGUUCGUGUAAACAUUAAACUUUCUUAUCUACGUCAACAACUUUUCCUACAUCAAUAUCAUCAGGCGGAGACAAAACAACUUUUAUUUUCCAUCUCAAAUAAAAUUCAUUCCGGAUAUAAUUUAAAAGAGACCCUUUCAUCGGCUGUUGAAGAGAUACAUAAUAUAUUACCAUCCGAUAGAUUAUUCGUAGUAGCCAAUGAACAAUAUGAAGGGGGUAAUGAUGUCAUUGUGGCAUUUUCAGCUAAAGAUAAAAAUGAAAAAAAUUUGGAAGGAAAUAUUGUAAAGUAUACCUCGGAGCAAAUUAAAAAACAAAGUGAUCCAGCACUUUUCGGAAAAGGUGAUAUUGGAAAAAAAGGAAUGCUAUGCAGUUCUUGCGGCGGAAGCAAGUUAGACGAUCACUUUUUAAUUGCUAAUAAAACCUUAUCAGAAAUAGAAAAUGAAAAUAAGUUUAUUGAACCCGGUUCACAAAUAUCCGCAAUUGAGAAUAUGGUGCAACAUUCCGAUCAUAAGGAUUUGGAAAUUGCCAUAAUACCGAAAUUCUAUUCAUUUAUCGUACAAAAACAUGUAUCAUUAUUGGCCGUGGCUAUAAUAGUAAAUAAUUCAAUUUGGGGGUGGAUCAAAGCACAUAGACUACCAAAUCAUAAUUGGUUAGAUUGGGAAAAAGAAUUUUUACAACAAAUUUCAAAUCAAAUAAGUUUAGCUAUAACACAUUCUAAAUUAUCAGAAGAAAAGUUGAAAAAAGAUGCACAAAUGGAAGCCGCUAAAGCUGCGAAUGAAGCAAAGGGUCAGAUCUUGGCUAACACUAGUCAUGAAUUAAGAACGCCAUUAGGGGCCAUUAUAGGAGUGUUAUCGGCACUUGAAGAGACCCCGCUGACAGAAGAUCAAAAGGAUAUGAUUGACAUAAUGUCACGUGCAUCUGACGUGGUACUCUCUGUAGUGAAUGAUAUUCUAGACGCGGCAAAGAUGGAAGCACAAAAGAUUAAAUUAAUGAAUCGAGCUUUUAAUCUUUUUGAUUUGGUAGAAAAAACAAUUGAAUUAUUUGGUGAAAGAGCUGGUACUAAACAAAUUGAAUUGAUAUUGGAUUGUGAACCAAAUAAAUUACCCAAAUUUGUGAUAUCCGAUCCGGAAAGAUUACAGCAAGUAUUGGUGAAUCUGUUGUCUAAUUCGAUAAAAUUCACUGAUAACGGACAAAUUGUAUUUAAAAUCUCAAUUUCUUCAUAUGAUGAUGUGAUUGAAGAGUCAUCUGAUGCAUCUGCCGCAUUUGAAGCAAAAGGACAAGAAAUCAAGGGCAAGUCCAAGUUACUCGUUGAAAUAGUUGAUACCGGUAUUGGAAUCGAGCCAGCAUUUAUUAAAGUCAUCUUUGAUAGUUUUUCGCAAGGUGACGCGUCAAUGACCCGAAGGCAUGACGGUACAGGACUUGGUUUGUCCAUAUGUAAACAUUUAGUGUCGAUUAAUGGAGGAGAAUUAAGGGUACAAAGUGAACUUGGAAAAGGAAGCAAAUUCUGGUUUACGUGGAAUGUUGAUCCUAUAGCAAUGACGGCCACACAAAUAAGCUCAAUGCCUCAAAUUCCACAAUCAACAACUUCAUCGGACGAUCCAACAAAUUUAACAUUUCCUUCAAUGAUACGAUCCAAACGAGUUCUUGUUAUAUAUUCAGUUGAAAACGCGAGACAUUCUUUGGUGAAAUUGAUUAGUGCUAGUGUUGAUAAAGUGGAUGCUUUUGAUACUUGUGAAGAAGGAAUUAAUAAAGCGAGACAAUUAAAAUCAGAACAAAAUGGUUCACCAUAUGAUUUAGUUUUCCUUAAUGUAUAUUUAGAAACCGCGGACUCGGUUAAGAGUGCCGCGUUGCAAUUAAGAUCAAUUUGUGGUCAAGAUUUAUCUAUAGCCUUUUUGGUAUUUUGGAGCGUUAAAGGAAGGGCCUUAGGAAAGGUUCUUAUAAAUCAAAUAGGAGGACAUGCGGCUGCGCUGUGUAAGCCUGUAAUGCAAAAAAAAUUAUUUGAUUGUUUGUAUAAUAAUAGUUUAUUUAAACAACAAUCUGAUGUUUCUGAUACAUCAGAAUACGAUAUGAGGGAAUAUAAUGCUAUUAGAUCUUUAGUCGAUAUCCGCACUGAAAAGUAUUAUUUUAAUAACAAGCGCAUAAAUGACAAAGUUCCAAUGACCAUUGAGGCUGAUGAGAACCAUCAUCGAUCUCGCGGUGAAGAUUUAAAUGCGAUGAUUAUUGAUCAAGAAUGUGUCAUUAAAGAUCAAAAGGUAAAUUUAAUUGAACCUCAAGUUUCUAACAUAACUUCAACUGGCAAAGAAGCAAAUGUUGUUAUUGGUGUCAAAAGAAAUGUGUGCGAAAAAAAUGACAAUAACCCACGUGCUCAGAAAUCCAGGUCAAGGGCUAUGUCUAAAUCAAAGUUUAUUAAACAUCAAUUAUCUAAACUUGGAUAUCCUACCUUAUCGGCCACAAAUGGACAAGAAGCCGUAAAUUUAGUAGAGGCGGAAUAUGCGAAAUUACCUUCGGAUCAUAACUCUAGUUCUAAUCCACCCGAACCUCCAUUAAGGAUUUCUUUAAUUUUAAUGGAUUGUGCUAUGCCAAUACUGUCAGGUUUUGAUGCAUCGAGAGCUAUUAGAAUGAUGCAACCUCCAGCUUCGAAUAUACCUAUAAUAGCAUUGACUGCUUCAGCGGUACAAGGAACUCGUGAUAAGUGUCUCGAAAGUGGGAUGAAUGAUUUUCUUACAAAACCACUUAGGAUUCCUGAACUAAAAGAAAUGUUAAAUAAAUGGCUUGGAAAUGAUGAAUAA